UACUUCCGACCCCGGCGGCCAACACAGUCGACACUGUCCCUGCAGCGGAUUUCGCUGUCAUCGGAGGUGUGAUCGCGGCUGUUGCGUUCAUCACCGUUUGCCUCUUCGCGGUCCUGAUCCGCUACGCCUACCAACACAAGGGCUCCUACAACACCAACGAGGCCAAGGGCACCGAAUUCGCCGAGAGCGCAGACGAGGCCCUGAAGAACGACCCCAAUUUCCAGGAAGCGAUGGACGAGAGCAAGAAGGAAUAUUUCAUCUGACCACUUGGGAGGAGGAGGAGGAGGAGGAGGAGGAGGAGGGAAUCCCAC